AAUGGCAAUUCACACAGGCCCACGGCCUCUCCCCAAUUAAAAUGUACGAGGUUGAGUCCCUGCCUAAAACUUUACCAGGCAGCCACAUUCCAAGGCAUUGGCGUACAACGGAAAAGAGUCUUCUACCGUCCCCAAACUUUACUCUGAGGAAAAUGGAUUAGGGAGUUAACCACGUUUUUAGGAAGGCAGCAUGGAGGGGGAAAAACGUCCUUCAGGAAAUAACACAGCUCUCCUUUACAAAUGCUGAUUUCCCAGAGUGGGAAACCCACAAACUGAUUUCCGUACCCUCAAUUUUCCGUCUCCAACCGCCACCAAAUCAGUUAAAACGGAGCUCUUGAAGUUCCCUACGCGUGCCUUAAAAUGAUCCCUCCGAGGAGCGGUAGGGGUGACGUCAUCGUAGCGCGACGCUAGGAAGUAAGCUUCUAGGCUGCUCUGACUCCGUCAGUCCCGAGCUCCAGAACCUGACGGGACUGCGGUCUCGCCCUUCUUUUUCUUGCUGCUAUGGAUAAUGCCUGCGAGUCGCCCCCGGAAAAAGGUGGAGAGACGGGGGAGUCAGAAGAAACGGCUGCUGCUCCCGGGGGCCCGGGGGCUACCGACACAGACGGAAUCCCAGAAGAAACUGAUGGGGACGGAGAUGCGGAUUUGAAAGAAGCUGCGGCGGAGGAAGGCGAGCUGAAGAGUCAGGAUAUCUCAGAUUUAACAGCAGUUGAAAGGGAAGACUCAUCUUUACUUACUCCUGCAGCCAAAAAAAUGAAAAUAGAUACCAAAGAAAAGAAAGAGAAGAAGCAAAAAGUGGAUGAAGAUGAGAUUCAAAAGAUGCAAAUCCUGGUUUCUUCUUUUUCUGAGGAGCAACUGAACCGUUAUGAGAUGUACCGCCGGUCAGCGUUCCCUAAGGCAGCCAUUAAAAGGCUGAUCCAGUCCAUCACUGGCACCUCUGUGUCUCAGAAUGUUGUUAUUGCUAUGUCUGGCAUUUCCAAGGUUUUCGUCGGGGAGGUGGUAGAAGAAGCACUGGAUGUGUGUGAGAAGUGGGGAGAGAUGCCACCACUACAACCCAAACACAUGAGGGAGGCUGUUCGGAGGUUAAAGUCGAAGGGGCAGAUCCCCAACUCAAAGCACAAAAAAAUCAUCUUCUUCUAGACUGAAGCCUAGAAAGGCCUGGUACUGAAGGAAGGAGUACCGGUUCCAGACUUCCUACUGCAUGAGACUUUUGCACAGGUGCUUUAGUCCUCUAAGGAUUCCAUGAUGAUUUUAAUGUUUCUCAGAACUCUGAUAUUCAUCACAUCUAAAAGGCAUGCAGCCUGUUUCAUACUUGCCUUGACUAAAUAUUGGCACCUCUUUGGACAUUCUGAGGCAUUUAACUAUUUCUUGGCUAGUUGGAAGAAGAAAGGUACAUGGGCCUUAAGCGUCUUCCAGACAGAGAAGCUGCUUUCAGAAAGUCUUUCCAAGAAAGCUUUGAUGGUUUCACAUUGAAGCAUGAAGUUGCUAUGAUUUAGGUUGUUUCUUCCAUCUGGUUUUAAGUAGAUGAAACAACCAGAAACUUUGACUUGUGAUACGCUACCAUGAAGAACACAGUGAUGGGAGGAGUAGUGGAAAAGUUUAUCCCUGUACACAUGUAAAGUUCCCUAUGGAUCUUGGUGAGUGAUCAUUAAACUGUUUUCCAACUUGC